AUGUCUUCACCCGAGGCUACUUCCCGACAGUCUAUCUUCGAGAACUACGUCCACGACAUCUUCAUCGACAACGUCCACGUCGAGCUCUCCCUCUGGGACACAGCGGGCCAAGAAGAAUUCGACCGACUCCGCUCCCUCUCCUACGACGACACGCACGCCAUCAUGCUCUGUUUCAGCGUCGACUCACCCGAAUCGCUGGAGAACGUGGAGUCCAAAUGGGUAGGCGAAAUAGCGGAGAAUUGUCCCGGCGUCCGACUCGUACUCGUGGCGUUGAAGUGUGAUCUUCGGGAACCGGUGGCGGAGGGAGAGGAGGGGGAGGGGGCGUUGAAGAGGCCGUGUAUUGAUUACAAGGCUGGGUUGGCGGUGGCAGAGAAGAUCAAGGCGUUGAGGUAUCUCGAAUGCUCCGCCAUGAAGAACCGCGGCGUCAAUGAGGCGUUCACCGAGGCUGCACGCGUGGCACUGCAAGUCAAGAACGUGAAAGGCGACAAGCAAGGUGGUUGCUGUUCCGUCAUGUAG